CUCGCAUCAGAAACACAAAUAUACACACAGACAUGUACUAUAUACCUCUACCUUGGCAGUGCAACAGUCAGCUAUAGUGUCUCUCCCCUUUUGUUAGCCAAGAGCUGUCUCGACUUUAAGCCAAUGCUAAAACUGGUCUUUGCCAAUGUCUGAAAGUCGACGAGACAGACAUAAAUUCUCAGAAAUAACAGCGGCAGCAACAGCAGCAACCAGAACCAGACAACGAUAAAUCUUUAACGUGGAUUUUGCAUGUAAGCUAGCAGAAAUCUAGGCUAUGUGAUGAUACAUGAACCAAAGCUCGAAAAUUUAAUAAGCCAACUCUUUAUACGCAGCAAAAGUGCAUUGUUAAUUUUUGAAUAGACUAUGGCAGCAGCAGUAACAACAACAACAACAACAACAUCAGUAUCUUUGGCAACUAAAUGGUAAUAAAAUGUUAAAAGAUAUAAAAGGAUACCCAAGAGUCAGCCAUGAGAAACUAGAUCCAGUGCCAUAAACAUUAUCAGCAAAGAAAAACCAAAGAAGAAAAAAAAAGAACAAGGAGAAAAAAAAUAUAUAUAUAAACGCAGCAGGGCGCAGAGUGCGGCAUAUUUAGCGGCAGGCACACUUCCUGCCAUCCUCGUGCCCAUCAACUGCUUAGAACCUUCCCAGGCCAUCCCUUCGUUUAGAGUCGAGAGCAUUUCCGUUUCUUAUCGCGGCAAUGUAAACGCGUUUCCGUUUAAUGCCCGACAUCCACAUCAGGCAGCCAGCAACGACAUUAAACUAGAAGCUCUCUGGCUCAGGGAUACGGCAUCUGGAUUACAAGUAAAUUGGAAAGGAUUUAACAUGAACACCACGCCAACGCCAACGUGGACGCCAACGAGGACGCGGAUAACUCCGUUGCAGCCUGUUCUAUGCCUGUUGUUUGGCGUCCUGUUUCUGGCCGCAUUUAAUGCCGAUACACUGCAUCUAUCCAGUCUCUCCGUCCCACGUAUUAUCGAUGUUGCACAAAAGGCGAAACUUUUCUGUAGCUAUGAAAUGGGCAAUCGUACAUUGAACUCUGUUAAAUGGUAUAAGGAUGGCCAGGAAUUUUUCAGAUAUUCACCAGUCACACCACCAACAACAAAUUGGUUUCCCGUUAAAGGUGUCACCAUAGCCGAUGGUUCGUCGCAUUGCAAUCAAUUCAUCUGCAAUGUGGAGCUGGAGAAACUGAAUGUUCAUUCAUCGGGUCAAUACCGUUGCGAGGUAUCCGGCGAUGCACCUGAGUUUAAACUAAUCGAUCAAACAGCCAAUAUGACAGUUGGUGUCUUACCCAAAUUUGAUCCAUAUAUAACUGGUGUGCGACAUGCUUAUAAGUAUCGCGAUACUUUGGUGGCCAAUUGCAGUUCAGAAUGGUCGAGUCCAGUGGCAAAGCUUACUUGGUAUAUUAACAAUAAAACGGCACCGUUGGCCAGUCUUGAACCGCAAAUCAAUGAAAUCACACGAAACAUUCAAGGCUUUACAGUGUAUGCCAGUCAUCUGCAGUUACGCAUUCAUAUUGAGGACCAACGUUUUAUUCUCAAGAGUGAGAUGUUGGAACUGCGAUGCAUUGCCGAUAUCAUGGGACUGGCCAGCUUAAGGCGCGAAAAUCGUGUACGUACCACAAUUUUGGCAUUAAAGGAUACCGGCUACAAUCAAAGACUAAUGGAAAGUGGUUCGAGUGUUGCAGUCAGAUCAGUCAUCUGGCCGAUCUAUCUCUCCGUCUUGCUACACUGGCAUUGCUUGCAGAGUUAGUUGCUGCCCUUCUAAAGGACGCUAUCAUGUCAUUCCCUAAGCUUAAACUGAAUGGCGGCCACAUCAAUUUCGAAGGGACUGCGGUUCUUGGCACCGUUCUCUGGCAUUAAUAGAAAAAAUAAAGUUAACAAGGUAACCGUUGAAUUUGUAUAUAGUCGAAAUCGAAUUAGUCUAGGCACAUGAAAGAAUCAUCCAAUGAAUGUAAUGCAACAAUUUAUAAAUAAGCCAAUAAAACAAAAACAAAAAAAA